UCAAAUGUUGUGACGAUUCCCUGCAUACCUUCCCGAUUGCUCUGCAGUACUACGAUGAAUGAAGUAGCGUGAGAUUGACAAUCUAUCCUGCUUUCGUGAUUAUGAGAUUGUAGGAUCGCAAUAAUAAAAGACCACACACAACAUGGACAAGUCUAUGAAGAAUAAGAGUGCAUCGAUUGCCUCGUCAUUGCAAUCUGGUUCAUAUCGAUCAGGAUAUCAAUCGUCUGACAUAACAAUCGAGCACGGACAAGCCGUUAUAUAUACCAAACAACCUUAUAUAGUUGGGGAACCAGGAAAGCAUUUUAUUAUCGUUGAACAGAAGAGAAAACCAACAUCAUACAUCGCGUGGGCCAUACUUGUUACACUGGUCUGCUUCUUCCCAACUGGAAUUGCAGCAAUAUACUUUGCCCGCAGAUGCAAACGCGAGAUGAAGGAGGAGAAGGUGGCAGUUGCAAGAGAUACAUCCGUCACAACUAAACGUUGGAUCAUCUGCACAGUGUUUCUUGGUCUCGUUAUCUGGGUGGGCGUGCUCGUGCACGUGUGCACAUGGUACGGCAUACACAACCACUGGGCCACUCCCUGGUAGACAAUGUGCUAUAAUUAGCAUAUUAUACUCACUACUGAUCUCUCUUCCAUCCUCCUAAAACAAGCUACUUGAUGCAUACUUUUAUUGGCACAUAUAAGUCAUGUUCACUGCAGCAUCAGAGGGGAUAUCGUGUGUAUCAAUAUAAAUUUUGUGUUCCUUGUUUGCAGUUGUAAAUUGUAGAGAUUUGUGAACAAUAAUGUUUGUUAAUCUUGUUCAGAAGCCAAAUGAAAAAAAAACGAAUAAAUUUUUAAUAGUCAGAUCAGCAUCAAAAAAUGUAUGUGCUCCCCAUAAUGCGGUUGGUUUCCAUAACGCAUGAUUACGUGAGACUUGGGCGGUGUGAAGACUGGCCCAUUAUACACGCAGUCGUCCUUGGCUGACCUCUGUCGCUGCAAACAAUCGUGUGAGAAGAACUCCGAGUUUGCUCGAGGAAGCAAUGAUGUGGUAUAACUUUUUAACCUUGCGAUGUUUGAAAACAACAGUAGAACAGUGGAGAGAAUUCUGUUUCGGGCGGUGUAAAUAUCGUGAUGAAGGGCAGCUGUGUCUUGCCCCAUGUGCACAGCACGUGGUUGCAUCAAAUUAUAAGUCGACACUGUAAAUAUAUGAACAGAGGCAUUUUUAAUGUCAGUAUGAACAAAUUGAUGUUUUUUGUAUCGUGUUAGAUUUUACUAUGCUAAUGUUAUCGAUUUUACACAGUUGCCGUCUUAUAUCGUACGCCUCUUGAGGGUUUUGUCUGGAAAUUAAUCAUUGCCAUGCGCACUAGCGACUCACACGUGUACACAUCUAACGAUGUACGUGAAUCUCAGCGUUUUAUAUUUUACACCUGUAGUACGUAGACUGUUGAUAAUAAACUCUGUUUAAUAAGGAAA